UUUUCCACUUUGUUCCCGGCUUUGAAAAAGCCUGAUGACUGCAGCGCUUUGGCUGCUUGGGCGUCACCGGCAUCAUUGUUUGUCCGCUAUCAAACCAUCAAGAAACUGUUCCACAGCAAUCCAAUCCAUCAUGGGCGCCGGAAUGUAACCUCUGUGGAUCAUUUCAAUCAUCCUUGUAGCCCGAGAGCGAGGAAUCUUGCAUAAUAGACGAUGGGACUGUUGGUAUCAUCCAUAAACUAACUAACCUGCUAAGUCUGUCUUUGGCUCUCAUCACACUCAUCACCAGCAAGACAGCCGCAUAAAAACCCAGAACAUCGUUGUUUCACACAGAACAAUUAAACCUCUACCAUGACGACCCCAUCAUCACAGCCGAACAAUGAAGAAGAAACAACGGUUGUCAAUGUCAAAAAGAGCGCUGCUUCUUUGAGUGACACGUUGAGUUUUCUAUUUCGCUGUGGCGUGAGCACACAACUCUUGUUUGUCGGUGGAACAGUGGGUGGCAUGGCCCACGGAAUGACUUGGCCCCUGUUGGCCUAUUUCAUGUCGCAAACCUUUCAAACCCUCAGUGGCUUGUCCGGCCCCGAUGCGCUCCUCAUACUCGAACAACAACAAGAAGAAGCUGUCACGAGUAGUAGUCCAUUGGCACAAAUUCGAGAAAUCUCCGUGACAUUCAUUCUGCUGGGCGUCUAUUCGUUGGUGACGGCCUUUUUUCAAAACUUUUGUUUUCAAUUGGCCGCCGCCCGAGCGAGUCGAUUGCUCCAAUACGAGUGGUUCCACGCCCUCUUGCGCAAAGACAUGUCCUUUUGGGACACUCAUCCGCAUGUCAAUGGCAUGGCGACAUCCAUGAUGGUGGCGGCCGCCAGUUAUCGACGCGGCAUGGGUGCCAAAUUUGGAGAAACCAUUCAAAACAUUACGACUGGUCUAGCCGGAAUUCUCUUUGGAUUGGUGGCCAGUUGGCAAGUCGCAUUGCUCAUUUUUUGUAUCCUUCCGUUUGUGACUGCCGCGACGUUUCGAGGCAUGCAACUCAAUCGCACCAAAUCCAUGCGGGCUGCCGAUUACUAUCAACAAGCGGGCAGUAUUGCCAUGACUACACUCACGUCGUUACGAACGGUACUGUCGCUCAAUGCCGUUCCAGCACGCCUCCAGUCCUAUCAACACGCCACACAGAGCGCGUUGGACAGUGCCAAAUCAUUCAUGGUGGCAUUGGGAUUCUGGAAUGCCGCCAUGAUGGCCGCCGUCAUUUCCCUCUUUGCACUCGUCGUCCUUUUUGGAAGUUAUGUCAUGUAUCGGGACGUGCGUGUCACGGGAUGUGAUCCCGGUGGUAGUUUUGGCACGGGACCCUGUCCUACCACCGGAGCCGAUAUCUUUGGAGCCAUGAUUGGAAUCAUGUUCUCCAUGCAAGCAUUGAGUCGACUGGGGAAUUGUCUCGAGGCAUUUCAAGAAGCACGUGUCGCCGUGGGCGAAGCCAUGUCUGUCAUUCAAGAUGAUGAUGAUGAUGAUGCUGAAUCCAAAAAGGCAAAACAGACAAGCCUUCCAAAGGCACCAGAAACCAACACGGAUCAACAAAUGACAUUGGUUGAAGAAGGCACACAUCAAUCCUCAAAACAACAAUCCGUACCCUACGACCCAUUUUCCAACACGGCUGGGAUCAAGCCAAAAGGCAUUCAGGGCAACAUUUCUUUUUCCAACAUUUCCUUUUCCUAUCCCUCCCGACCCGAUGAUAUCAUUUUGAAAAACUUUAGCAUUGAUAUACCCGCUGGAAAGACGGUGGCGUUGGUGGGACCCAGUGGGGGUGGCAAGAGUACCGUGCUCGGACUCAUUGAACGAUACUAUUCACCAUGUGAGGGUGAGAUCUUGCUCGAUGGAACCAAUAUUCAACACUUGAAUCUAAAGGCAUACCGACAAACGAUUGGCUACGUGUCGCAGGAACCCGUCCUAUUUGCGGCAUCGAUUCGGGAUAAUAUUGCCCAUGGGAGUAGUAGUACCAAGGACGACAUCACGCAAGAAGAAAUUGAACAGGCUGCCAAAUUGGCAAAUGCCCACAAUUUCAUUACUUCCUUUCCAGAAGGAUACGAUACUCAUGUGGGACACAAGGGAGCACAAUUGAGUGGAGGAGAGAAACAACGGGUCGCCAUGGCACGAGUCUUGGUCUCCAAUCCCAACGUAUUGCUCUUGGACGAAGCAACGUCGGCGCUCGACUCACAGUCUGAACAGGUGGUACAGGCUGCAUUGGAUCGCAUCGUCGAAGAGCAAGCAAGGACCACAAUCAUUGUAGCACAUCGGCUGUCGACCAUUCGCAAUGCGGAUAUCAUCUUUGUCAUUGCCGAUGGGCAAGUGGCAGAACAGGGCACCCACGCAGAGUUAAUGACGAAUGAGGCAGGUCACUAUCGACACCUGGUAGAAACCCAAGAAGGACCCACUGAAACGGCACCGGCGGAUGUUGCUACCGAUGCCCCCGUGGUUCAAAGAGAUAGUAGUAUCGUGAGUGUUGACAAUGACGACGAGCCAAAGGGACAGGGAUCUUUCUUGCUUGGCACACCAGAAACCUGCGCACCUCCUCCACUUCUCGCGCCCAAAGACGACGGAGAACAGAUCCCCGCGGUUAGGUUUCGAAAUGUCUGCUUCAGUUACCCAGCUCGUCCCACAAAGACUGUCUUUCAAAACUUCAAUUUGGACCUGCUGCCAGGUGAAACGGUUGCUCUCGUCGGUCCAAGUGGUGGCGGCAAAUCAACAACCGUGGCUCUUCUUGAACGAUUCUACGACCCAUCUGGAGGUGUUGUGGAAUACAAGGGCCAUGACAUCACGUCUCUAAAUGUUCACUGGUAUCGUGAUCAGAUUGGAUAUGUUGGACAAGAGCCAACCCUUUUCCCCGGCUCGAUUGCAGAGAACAUUGCGUUCGGAGCACCCAAUAACUCGUCACGAGAAGCCAUUGAAGAAGCGGCAAAACAAGCCAAUGCCCACAAUUUCAUAAUGUCUUUCCCGCAAGGCUAUGAUACUCAAGUGGGUGAACUAGGAACGCAAGUUUCUGGAGGUCAAAAACAGAGAAUCGCCAUUGCUCGGGCACUUAUCAAGAAACCUCCGCUCCUCAUUCUGGACGAAGCUACGAGCGCCCUUGAUAACGAAAGCGAGAAAAUUGUGCAAGAGGCGCUGUCCCAAUUGAUGCGCUCCCGCAAUCAGACGACGCUGGUGAUUGCGCACAAACUAAGCACAGUAAGAGAUGCAGAUCGUAUAGCCUUCAUCUCGGGUGGUGCAGUGCUUGAGAUCGGGAGCCAUGAUGAACUGAUGGCAAAGAAGAACGGCCAUUACCAAGGUCUUGUGAAUGCUCAAAAAAGAGUUGCCACAAUCGAAGAAUCAAUUCGAGAAGAGUUGGAUGGAUCCAAAACAUCUGUGCAAGAGGACGCCGAAGAAGAAGAAGAAGAUUCGGACGAUGACUUGUACAAGAGCACCCUGUUCAGCGAAAAAGAGGACUUGAAAGAAGAAAAAGACAGCGUUUUCAGCGUCGACCGUAUCAAGCAACUCGCAGCUCCCAACACUCGGUACAUUCUGGUUGGCUCCCUCGGAGCUCUUUUGGGUGGAUGCACCUAUCCUUUAUUGGGAAUGCUGUUCGCCGGUACCAUCGACGUGUUUUUCUUCACCGUGCGACCUUGCCCCAAUACAUUUGCUGCUGCAUUCAACGCAACAAUGGGUUUCGACUCUUGUGAAGAGUACUGGGAUUCUGCUGCAGACACGAUGCAGUCUCAAUCCUUCGAUGUUGCUAUUUAUUAUUGUCUUUUGACCCUUCUAUGUUUUGUCGGGGGUAUUCUUUCAUUCUGGGGAUUUGGCCAAGCCAGCGAACGGCUCACAAAGAGUGUCCGCGAUGACACAUUUGCAUCUCUGGUGCGACUACCUCCAGCCUAUCACGACACCCAUGACGUUGGAACACUCCUGUCUGCGCUUGGGGAGGACACAGCUCGGCUACAUGCAUUUGCAGGGACUCCCUUCCGGCAAUUGAUUGAGGCUGCAGCAUCCGUAGUUCUGGGUCUCAUUGUUUCCUUUGCGUUCAUGUGGCCAUUUGCGUUGAUGACCAUUGUAGUAUUCGUUCCUCUGUCCGUUGCUGCCAGGCUCACCAGGGCUCAACAACAGGGAGAUGAAGGCGUUCGAAAAGUGGACUCUGACUCGGAUCCAAGCAACCCUGGAAGCAUUCUGUCCGAAACUCUGUCCAACAUUCGUACAAUUGCGGCCCUGACUUUGGAAGCCAAAAAAUUUGAUGCAUUCAACAAGUCCGUAUUGGACGGCGACCACGAUGUUGUCCCAGCUAGCGCAGUUAUUGCAUUCAAGGCCGGCCUCGGUAUGUGCCUACAACGUUUUUCCAACGCCCUGAUGUAUUGGUGGGGUGGAUACCUGCUGAUCAACUAUCCAGAGCAGUUUGAAUUUCGAGACUUUAUCAUUGCACAAUUCACUUUCAUCUUGGGCGUCAUUGGAUUGGGCGCUGCUCUGGCUGAUCUGGAUUCCAGAGACGAUGUACGGAAGUGUGCUAUUCGCGUUUUCAAAAUCCUUGACCGGGAAUCUCCCAUUGACCCGUUGUCAGAGGAAGGCAAGAAGUUGGAUCAGGAAGCUUCAUCGAUGCCAAUCGAUCCCGUGACAGAGGAAUUGAAGAAGAAUCUUGAUUACUACGAUCCUUCCGACAGUUCCUACUCCCAAGAAGUUUCGGUCUAGCUAGUGGGGUAUCCUAUAUCCUCCGGGUGCCUCAUGCCUCAUGGACCUGUAAUAGUGUAACACCAGAGUCUUUACAGUAAGGCAUGCAAGGCCGCAUCCCAGUGCACAUCAAUCAUGCUGUAGAAACAACGACUCUCGGCUAGUCUUCUGAUGGGCAAGGGGGAUUUUAAUAAGCCGCACGGUGCAAGAAGCUUUUCUUUGAAGUCCGUGUUAUUUAGAUCGGCAAGGCAGUACUAUUUUCUAGCUACGGCUAGAAGGACGAGACGGCUUGGGUCUACUGCCGAGAACAGUGACGCUGAGUGACGCUGAUUGAGACAACUUCCAUCGCAAACCAUGUGACCUCGGAAAUGCUCAUUCCUCGUGGGUUGACAGGUUGCUGACGUUUACCUACGGUAGGUAUGGAAGAAGGAAAUCAGUGCACUCAGUCUUCAAUGGUGUCCCCGUGGAUGCGGAAUCGGUAAAUGCAAGUGUAGUCAGCGUUCCCCCAGUUAUCCGUCACCUGUAGCCGGAUUGCUUUGACACCUUCAUUGAUAGAACCGGAGCGAUCCGGAGACGCAAACAAGGCAUCAUUGCCUUCCAUGCCUCCCCCACAAGUCCCAGUGUCUUGCGAGCAAGUGCCGCCGUCACUGCCCUCAUCUUCCUCAAUCUCCUCCUCGGGUAAUGGAAUCUGAAACGUCUGGAUGCUAGGCCCCGAAAUGUUGUAUUCAAAAUCGUGCAGAACAAUCGGUUUCUGAAUGUCAAAGUUCAGUCCAUCUGGACACAAACCACGAACAUAGUCAGCGUCGUCUUCGUCGGAAUCAUCGCCUUCGUCCAAGUAGUCGUCUUUGAUGUAAUCACUCUGUCCGGCUUGCUUCACCCAGCACGACGGGUAACCAAACACUCGAACAGUCUUUGGAGCACUCUUGCGUUCAAAGGGGUCUUCAAAUAAGAGUUCCGGGGCAUGAUCCAUAGUCACAGCUCUCACCUUGACAGGAUUCUGAAGCCGCAGUGUUACCUGUCCCGAUGAGCCUGCCAUUGGCCAACAAGAGCCGGGAUAGAUGUGAGGUGUCAGAAUAGCUUCCGGUGGUGCCGUGGCUGCCAUUUUAUGGAAACCCUGAUGAAUGAUAAGAAUUGACCAUCGAGCAAGUGAGAUCGGUCAGUCAGUCGAGCAACCAUCCUUUCGCCUGCCAUCACAAGCAAUCCGACAUUACUUACAAAGGUA